CAGGGUGACAGCUGGAACCAGAGCUGUGUGACCUUCAGGUCCCUGGAGGAUAUUCCUGACUCCGCCUGGAAGGUCUCAGCCGUGAUGCUUCUCGGAGGCUGGCUCCUGUUGGCCCUCAAUGCAAUUCUCCUCCUGUCCUGGGCCGUGGCCCCCAAAGGGCUGUGCCCAAGGAGGGGCAGAGGCCCAAUGCCAGGGGUGCAGGCAGCGGCAGCCUCUGCCACCAUCCUGGGCCUGCUGGUCUUCCCAAUCAGCCUGGCCUCCCCAUUCGCCAGGGACGUCUGUGAAGCCUCCUCCGAGUACCGCGGUGGGAGGUGCCGGCUGGGCUGGGGCUACGUGACCGCCAUCUUCAGCGCGGUGCUGGCCGCCCUCCUGCCUGUGAUCAGCCGGCCCCGCGUGACCAACGUCCAGGGGGCGACCAUCCUGUUCUCCAGCGACACUGAGAAAAUCAUCCUGGUGCCAGAAAUGCACAAGUAAAAAAAAAGUCUCCUGGGAGGAGCAGAAAGAGUGCAAUCCAGUGUCGUCCGAAAGCGCCAGGUACCCAGUGUCAGGUCGCACCUGGGCUGCUUCCUUGCGCUGAGAUCUCAGGCAAGACGCUUCACCCCGCCAGACCCCAGUUUUUUUUUUUUCCUUCUGUAAAAUGGGAGUUGAAACAAUGCCCACCUCAUGAGGCUGUUCCGGGAACUAACUUGAGAUUCUCUGUAUAAAUAAAGCACUUCGCACCGUGUCUGGCACACGGAGCUCAAUAAA